GAGAAGAGUCUGAACGGGUAGAUGAUUAGCGUGCUCAGGUGGAGCACCGAAUCCUCUUUUGUUCACGCCCUUCUGGCCUUGUCUAGAUAAUAUGACGAACUGUUUCGAGACUGUGGGAUAAGAUCGGAAAGUGGCAGAUAGUAGCCAACAGGGGCAGUAAAGCCAAACUUGCACCAUGGGAAAUAAGCCUGCAAGACAGGAGAAUACCAGGGAUGAGAUUUUGGUGAAAGCGAUGCCUCCAAUAGACCGGGUCUUUGCGAGAUGGCUGGCUCACGAUGUCCGAAGAUUACACGACUUUGCCCCGAGAAAGCUCCGUGCCAUAAAGCCACCAGAGCAUUACAUCGAGUACAUGAGGCUAUAUGGAUGGCUAGAUCUGGACAUGGAUGAUCCAGACCUGGCACAUUUGAUCAAAUAACUUUCAUCAGCUUUAUAUUCUAGCAAUCAAAGAUCAUGUAGUAGUGUUUGCCUCUUGUGGCUUAAGAGUUUAUUAUUCCUGAUUGAUUACCUUUGUGUUCUGAUA